AUGAAGACGAAAGAAAGCAAAAACGACGACGCGAGUCCUCCUCCUCUUCUCACCUGCGCGUCGUUCACGUACGAUUUUGGACGGAGCAACGCGUUGCUCGUCAAGACGACCGGGGGGAAUGCAUCGUCACAUUCGUUCCCGAGAGAGUACUUAUUCAACUGUCCGGAAUCGUUCUCUCGAGUGACCAUGGAAACGUACUCGCGACCGAGGAAAGGCUUAUCCGCGAUUUUCGCACUUGGUGACGAUAUGAACGAAAGUUUAGCCGGCGUGUGCUCUUUAAUUUUACGCUUAAGUGCGGAUGGACACGAGAAAUGCGCGGUGGUUGGGAAACGAGGCGUGGAAACUGUCGUGGAGAGUCUCUCCGCGGUGGUGAAAUGGAAGCAUCCGAAAGUGACCGGCGUUUCCUUGGCGGGCGAAGAGCGAGACGCGGGAGAGGAUGAGAAUUUGUGUUACCAAGACAGCGACGUGAUUGUGUGGCCGUUGAUGGAUGUUGUUGAAGACGAUGCAGAGGGUGUGGAGGUGUGCGCGCUGUGCCGGUUUCGAGAGAGGCGCGAGAUGCGGAUAAGGAAACGGAAACGAGGAGGCGUCGCGGAUGGGAGCAGCGGCGGUAGUAGUAGUAGUAGCGGUAGUAGCGAAGAGGAGGAGGAGGAGGAAGAAGAAACAGAAGAAGGAAUGAUAGAGCAACGACGAGAACAGAACCGAAAAGAAACGAGAGAAUGUAGCAGUAAACCGCCACCGCCGCCGCCGCCGCCGAAACGGAUGCUCGGGUACGUUUUGGAAGUCUUGGAGAAGGAAGACGAAGACGAGUUUUUGAACGAGAGAGAAGGUGGCGAAAAUACUCACGAACCGGUUCGAAUUCUCAUCUUGAACUGCACCGAAGAAGACGUGAAGAAAUCGAAACACGCGCUGUGUAAGUGCCUAUUGAGCAACAAUAGCAUGCGUAAGCAUAAUAUCAGCGGACUGUUUUUUCUUUCAUCCUCUUCUUCUUUGGUACGCGACGGGAAGGAAAACAACGUCAAGGAGGGGGGCUUUGAAAUCGAUCGCAAAAAUGUAUUCACGAUUGGCGGCGGCGGCGAUGAAAGUCACAACGAGGUUGGAUUCAGAUCUUCAAUGAGACAUUUAGCGCGUUUGCACUGCGCCGCUCCAUCCGUAUUCCCACUACCGGAGAGCUUGAUGACGACAUCGAAAUGUCUGCCUCGCGAAGAAGAAGGAGAUGACGACUCCAAGAAGACGACAUCUACUACUCUUGGAUUAUGCGACGAGGUUGCAUUCUAUUCCAAUCGAAACACAGUCGGUGAAAAGAAUCGACACGCGAUAACACGAGGUGAAGAGAUGCUAAACGAGCGAACGGGUGAUCCAAAAUUGCCUAAACUUGCCUUGCGCGACGUGUUCGAAAACUUGGAACGGUUCGAUACGUUCAAAGAAAACGCGAGGAAAGCGAAACGCCAAAUUUUUGGCAGCGGUGGCGAUGUGUACGAAGAAGAAGAGGAUGAAGAAGAAGAAAAUUUAUUACCGGCGUCGUUUGGUAAGUAUCCCGCGCACCCGAAGAAAGGCCGAGCGGCUCCUCUGAGCGCGUUGGGAGGUCCGGAAACGAUCUUUUUAGGCACGGGAUGCGCUGAACCGUCCAAGUAUCGAGCGGCAUCCGCGAUUCUUUUGCGCGAUGAAGAAGAAGGAGGAGCAUCGAAAUCGUCGAUUUUACUCGAUUGUGGCGAAGGGUGUUUAGGCGCCAUGCGACGGUAUUUAGGUCGCGAGGAAUGUCUAAACGCGCUGAAGACAUUGAAAAUGAUCUGGAUUAGCCACCACCAUCCGGACCACUGUCUUGGUAUUCUCGCUAUUCUCGACGCUCGAUACGAGGCUUUGCGACAACAGGCAUCGUCGUCGACGACGAGUUCUACUCUCACUACGCCACCACCUCCUUUACUUAUCGUUGGCCCUACGCCAAUUCAAAAGUGGUUCGAAACCAUCGAGGUUCCGAGUUUCAAAUACACGUUUGUGAAAUCGAGCGCUUUGCAAGCGCGCGGCGGCAUCGGCGGCCCGUUCCACAUCUCCAUCAUGAACAAGCCCGGUUUGACGCACCCUCCUCCGCCACCUCCACCUCUUUCAAAUGGUAGCUCCUCAUCAUUGCAACCAAAGCAUCCGGACGUCGCCGCAUACGUCGCGCAAACCAUCAACUGUGAACAAAUCGUCUCCGUCCCGGUCACGCACUGUCCGGAAGCCUUCGCGAUUAUCCUCCGCGGAUUAUUCACCACCAAACGCUCCGUCGCGUACAGCGGCGACUGCACGCCAUCUAAAGAUUUUGCCAAAGCUGCAUACGCGGUUGACAUAUUAAUCCACGAAGCGACGUUCGGAAAUAGCUUAUGGUCGCACGCGAAGAAGAAGAAACAUUGCACGACCGAGGAAGCGUUGCGAGUAGGUCGAGAAUCAAACGCAAAGACGGUGUGUUUGACCCAUUUCUCGCAACGGUACCCGAAAGACAUUUUUGCACCUUCUUCUUCAUCUCCUUCUUCUCCUCCUCAAUAUCAACAAAAUCAACACGUAUUCGCGUGCGCCUUCGACGGCAUGCGCGUCAAAUGGGAAGACUGGGACCUUUUGAAAUCUCACCGGGAGAGGAUUUCGGAGGUUUUAUCGCUCGCGACGCCAGAAAAUGUAGAACGAGAGGAAGAAGAAGAGGAAGAUUUGCAACGAAAAAUGGAGAUAGAGUAG